UCCUGCUACAACUACACCUACAAUUCCUGAUACAACUACACCUAUAAUUCCUGAUACAACUACACCUACAAUCCCUGCUACCACUACAACAAAAUCACCUGAUACAACUACUCCUUCAAUCCCUGAUACUACGACUCCUACAAUUCCUGAUACAACUACACCUACAAUUCCUGCUACAACUACACCUACAAUUCCUGCUACAACUACACCUACAAUUCCUGCUACAACUACACCUACAAUCCCUGAUACGACUACACCUACAAUCCCUGAUACCACUACACCUACAAUCCCUGAUACAACUACACCUACAAUCCUUGAUACAACUACACCUACGAUCCCUGCUCUAACUACUACCGAAAUGCCAGCUACAACUACAUCUAAAGAACCAGAUACUACUACCCUGACAGUCCCUGCUACUACUACAGCUACUUCCAAAGCCCCAGCUUCAACGACUACCCAAAUGCCAGCUACUACUACAGCUACUUCCAAAGCCCCAGCUCCAACUACUACCCAAAGGCCAGCUACGACUACGUCUGGUGCCCGAACUGCAUCUACUUCCAAAGCCCCAGCUCCAACUACUACCCAAAUGCCAGCUACGACUACUUCUAGUGCCCGAACUACAUCUACUUCCAAAGCCCCAGGUACAACAACUCUGAAAACACCAAAUAAGACUACUUCCAAAACUUCAGUUACGACUACAAAAAAUCCAGGAACACCAAAGCCCAAAAUGCCUGAUACGGGUGGAAAUGCAGCUGCUAGUAAAGCAAGAAGCAAUACAGGGAAAGACAUUUUCUUUGUUCUUGUGACAACUGUUGGAGUCUUCGUAUUAAAAAUGUUGAUGCCAUGAAGCACACCAAUGUCUUCUGAUUUCUUGUUUGACAUGUUUGAAAAUACGCUAUGCAAGAAUUAAUUUGCAAAAUAAAAAAGAUGCCAAAUAGGCCGUUGCUAUUUAUUUGUACAGUAGUUGUACUUAGUGAAGACUGCAUAGAGCUAAGCAAUGAAUAACUCACCUGAAUCAGAUUUAGUUAAUAAGAUUGAAAAGAGAGGUGACUUAAUCAGCAUAUUACUGUUAACUAUGCUACCUUUUCAAAUACUGUCUGAAUACGCUACAAUACAGAACACGGGACAUUACAUUUGAUUGCCCAUUAAAUCUGUUGGUACCUUGUAAAACCAUUAAGAAUGUAUCCACCUAACCUUUAGCAAUUGUUUUCUCUAGUUUCUGUCUACUAUUUAAACUGCAAUAAACAUAAAA